UUAAAGCCUUGUUGAUGCUGAUGUUGGUGGUGAUUUAGGCCUGUAGGAAGCUCCAGCUGAAACGCAGCUCUCACUGUCUCCACAGCCAACCAAGCGCUUGCAAAAUGCCUGUAGCCUGUGUUUUACUCUUCAACCUUUCCAACAUGUAUUCUGCCUUCCAAGAGGAGGAUGAGCAGGAGGAAGAAGAGGCUCAUGAAGCAGAAGUGGAUCCGAUUCUUCAACAAGAUUUACUACAGGCUGGAUUUACUGUCACACACGCCAUCGCCACUGCUCUCUUUCAUUAGUAGUGUAGCAGUAAGGUUACUCAUACAUACAGGCCACUUUAUUAGGAACACCCCUUACUCAUACAUACAGGCCACUUUAUUAGGAACACCUUUUACUUAUACCCAGAUAGCAGAGAGACGUCGAUUCAGCGUCUAUUUUUAGUUUUAUAGGUCAGUAUCAGUCAUCAGUUAAUUUCAGGCUAUUGUCACAUAAACGAUGGGGAAAGUCAGGUGUUGUGUUAAAUCCGACUGCCCGGCUGGAUCCUACACCCCUUCACGUGCACCAUCGUGUUUCCUGUAGAUGUCAGUAAAAACACAUUCUUUAUGCUAUAUUAAGCAAAAACUUUAUAGCCAAAAUUAGAAGACUAAACUGUUUACAUAAAUGAAUAUUUUUUAAUCAUAAUUUUAACAUGAUGUAUAAGAUUCUAAAUGUUUGUAAUGUCAUCAUCAGUGCCAGCAGCAUUCUCUCCAGUUCUGCAUUAUGGGAUUAUGGGUGAUUGCCAGAGAGGGAAGAGGCUUCACAAAGUAAACUCUGAUUCUGAAACAAUUCAAAUUCACUCGAUGGAAACAUUUUUUCAGCAAGUCAUAUGGUAUAACACCUGAGAGAGUAAUAUUUAAAAAUAAAUAAAUAAUAAAAAACAGUUAAUGAAGAUGUAGAUGCAGCAGGAGAUUCUGCAAAAGAAAAUGGAUAAAAAGUCCAGACAUGACAUACCUCAAUAUAUCUCCUAUAAUCAUCACAUAGUGCAGGUGAUAAAUUAUAACAACAAUAGUGAAAAACAUAUUUAUUGAUGUGAGAUGUGAGUGAUCCGAUGUGCACCGGAUAAUCUGUGCUCUAACUCCAAAUUCAUCACAACCUGGGAAGAAAUACUUCUGUUUUCAAAGAAUCAUUGCCUCUGGCUCCAGGUUCAGUUGAAGCAGGUGUUCUGAUUUGCUCAGCUUUAUGUCACUCAUAUUCAUCCUGUGUUGAUUGGUUGAAGUGUUGACAGUGGGCGGGGCAUGAACUCACGCAGGCGCAGUUACGUGGGCUUCAGAUUAGUUAGUUAAUUGUCUUAAUGUCUGAUAUUAGAGAAAACACACGCAAAACCAGAAAUGCUGCAAUAAGCUGAAAACACAACGGAAAUGGUUUAAAACAAAACGGAAAUGUUUCAGAGGGAUUUGUCAAAAAAAGCUAAGAAUUAUCACAUUAGCUAAUUUAUUCAUUUGACGAGUGUGUUUAUAUUAGCCCCCUUCAUCACUUUUAUUUUAAGUAACAUUAAUUAUUCAUAUAAAAACUACUUAUACAAUAAUCCUCACUAAGAUCAGGAUACUCGUUCUCAUUAAGAUAAAACCAGAAAAAUGUUAUUUGACUGUCAAAACUUAAGUAAACUUACUCAGCUUAUUGUUUCUGCUUGUUUUUCUAAUUCUUUCUUCUAAUUUCUUUUUUAAAUUCUUUUUGUAAUUUAUCCUUUUUGUCCUUAAUUUGUACAUUUUUUUUUACAUUUAUGACAGUUACAUGUGCGCAAUUUAAUGAAGCCACAAGAUACUAAAUCAAGGUCAUGAAAUCAUAAUGUCUGUGAUGUAGGAGGUUUUACCUCCCUUUUAAUUCUCUAUUCUCUGUAUUUUCUGCUGUUUUCAGAAAUUGUAUAUCAUUGACCUGAUCAAGGACUUCAAAUAAAUCUGCAAAUGAAUCCUGAUUACUAAACUUGUAAAUUUUAUUUACGUGAUUUUGUUUAGACCAGCUUUAUUGUGGCUUUUGCUCCGUGCUGUCUGAGAUAACAAUUGAUGAUAAUCCAUACUCGUGUGUGUGUGUGUGUGUGUGUGUUUAUUGCCCUACCUCACUGCCCUUUGCUCUCUGCAGUAUAAACCAGGUAGGCUAUGUAAAUAAAGGUGAAACUCAGCAGCUCCAUUUUGUGUCGAGGGGAAAAUAAACCAUUUGAGGAGUAAAAACACAGGUUUGAUUUAACACACCGAUGUUGGAGUGAAGUAAACGUGUGUCCUGCUGUAAUCUGGAGAAGGAGACAUGACCUCCAACAUGAGUGUGUCUGGAAAACAGGACUUAAAGAAAGACGAGAGAAUGAUGGAGGGAAAGAGAUCAGACUCACCAGAACCCAGCUGUGUGUCCAUGAAGAGUGACGCGUCAAUGGAACAUCCAAUACUCUUCAGAGACAGAGACAGUUCUACUGAUGUGAGACCACAAAAGAAGAAAUCAAACAUCAGCAGAAAUCAGUUGGAGUCCAUAUUCAAGGAGCUGGAACACAAAGUCAUCACCAUGAUAAAGAAUGAGCUGAAGAGGUUUAGGAAGCUCCUGAGUCCAGAUUACCCAGCAUGCACUGAGAGGGAGGUGGAGGAUGAGGAGGAUCUGCACAGUGUCAGAGAGGAAGCGCUGAAGAUCACACUGCACGUCCUGAAGAACAUGAACCACACAGAUCUCGCUAACACACUGCACAACAAGUCUGUGGCCUCUGUGUAUCAGCCAAAGUUGAAAUCCAACCUGAGAGAGAAGUUUAAAAGAAUUAAUGAAGGAAUCUCACAGCAUGGAAGCUCAGCACUUCUGAAUGAGAUCUACACAGAGCUCUACAUCACAGAGGGUUGGAGUGGAGACGUCAAUAAUGAACAUGAGGUGAGACAGAUUGAGACAGCGUCCAGGAGAAAAGCAACACAGGAGAAACCCAUCAAAUGUAAUGACCUCUUUAAAGACAAGUCCAUCAGAACUGUGCUGACUAAAGGAGUUGCUGGAAUUGGAAAAACAGUCUCUGUGCAGAAGUUCAUUCUGGACUGGGCUGAAGGAAAAGCAAAUCAGGACGUCUUCUUCAUGUUUCCACUUCCCUUCAGAGAGCUGAAUCUGAUGAAGCAGCAAAAUCUCAGUCUGAUGAGUCUUCUUCAUCACUUUUUCCCAGAAAUGAGAAAAUUACAAUUAAUAGACUGUGACUCCUACAAAGUGGUGUUGAUCUUUGAUGGUCUGGAUGAGUGUCGACUUCCUCUAAAUUUCCAGAACAAUGAGAGAUUGUGUGAUGUGACAGAGUCAGCCUCAGUGGAUGUGAUGCUGACAAACCUCAUCAAGGGGAAUCUGCUUCCCUCUGCUCUCCUCUGGAUAACCUCUCGACCGGGAGCAGCCAAUCAGAUCCCUCCUGAGUGUGUAGACCAGGUAACAGAGGUACGAGGCUUCAGUGAUCCUCAGAAAGAGGAGUACUUCAGGAAGAGGGUCAGUGAUCAGAGCCUGGCCAAUAAAAUCAUCACACACAUGAAGUCUUCAAGAAGCCUCUACAUCAUGUGCCACAUCCCGGUCUUCUGCUGGAUUUCAGCCAAUGUUCUAGAGAAAAUGUUGGGUGAAGCAGAGAGUGGAGAGAUCCCCAAGACUCUGACUCAAAUGUUCACACACUUCCUGAUCUUUCAGAUCAAACACAAGGACCAAAAGUACCAUCAGAAAUGUGACCCUGAUCCUCAGCAGACCAGAGAGAGUAUCCUGGCACUGGGAAAACUGGCUUUCCAACAGCUGGAGAAAGGAAACCUGAUCUUCUAUGAGGAAGACCUGCGAGAGUGUGGCAUUGAUGUCAGAGAAGUGUCAGUGUACUCAGGAGUGUGUACCCAAAUCUUCAGAGAGGAGUUUGGGCUUCACCUGGGGAAGGUGUUCAGCUUUGUACAUCUGAGUGUUCAGGAGUUUCUGGCUGCUUUAUAUGCAUUUCUCUGCUUCAUUUUAAGAAAUACGCAUGUGUUAGUGGAGCAAAGCACUGGAGGUUUUAAUUUCUUCAGAAAUCCAAACAUGUCUGAUUUCCUCAGGAGUGCAGUGGACAAGGCCUUACAGAGUGAGAAUGGACACCUGGACCUGUUCCUCCGCUUCCUUCUGGGUCUCUCACUGGAGUCCAAUCAGACUCUCUUACAAGGCUUAAUGCCACAGACAGGAAGCAGCUCUCACAGCAAACAGGAAACAGUCGAGUACAUCAAGGAGAAGAUCAGGGAGAAUCCAUCUCCAGAGAAAUCCAUCAAUCUGUUCCACUGUCUGAAUGAACUGAAUGAUCAUUCUCUAGUGCAGGAAGUACAAACUUACCUGAACAGAGGAGGUUACAAGUGUCUCAGUGGAACCAGACUCUCUCCUGCUCAGUGGUCAGCUCUGGUGUUUGUGUUACUGAACUCAGAACAGGAGCUGGAUGAGUUUAAUUUGAGUAAAUUUGACCCAUCAGAGGAAUGUCUUCUGAGGCUGCUGCCAGUGGUCAAAGCUUCCAGAAAAGCUGAGCUGUGUGUGUGUAAUCUGACAGAGGAAAGCUGUAGAGUUCUGUCCUCAGUUCUCAGCUCAAACUCCUCCAGUCUGAGAGAACUGAACCUGAGUUACAAUAAACUGCAGGAUUCAGGAGUGAAGCUGCUCUCUGCUGGACUGGAGAAUCCACACUGUACACUGGAGAAACUGAGGCUGUGUGAGUGUAAUCUGACAGAGGAAAGCUGUAGAGUUCUGUCCUCAGUUCUCAGCUCAAACUCCUCCAGUCUGAGAGAACUGGACCUGAGUUACAAUAAACUGCAGGAUUCAGGAGUGAAGCUGCUCUCUGCUGGACUGGAGAAUCCACACUGUACACUGGAGAUACUGAGCCUGUGUAAGUGUAAUCUGACAGAGGAAAGCUGUAGAGGUCUGUCCUCAGUUCUCAGCUCAAACUCCUCCAGUCUGAGAGAACUGGACCUGAGUUACAAUAAACUGCAGGAUUCAGGAGUGAAGCUGCUCUCUGCUGGACUGGAGAAUCCACACUGUACACUGGAGAAACUGAGGAUGUGGUGCUGCAGUAUUAUAGAUGAAGGUUGUGCUGCUCUGGCUUCAGCUCUGAGGUCAAACUCCUCAUCACACAUGAGAGAACUGGAUCUGUAUGGUAAUAAUCCAGGAGAAUCAGAAGUGAAGCUGCUCUCUGAUCUACUGAAGGAUCCACACUGUAAACUGGAGGCACUACUCAUUAAGUAUGAUAAACUCACCAGGACUGGCGUAUGACAGGAGUCUCAGCACAAACUGCUUUUCCAGGAUAAAGCAGUUUUGGUGAAGCGUUAGAACCCGUCCCACAUUUCCAGCAGUUUGGGAGCUGAAUCAUUCAUAUUCAGAUGUAGAAGUUCCAUAACAAUAACCGGGACUGAUCGCAUCCUUUUAUCCACUCAGCUACAAGUUACUUCAGGCUUUAAUAACAUAUUUUACAAUCCAAAGUCAAAUCCUUCAGCAUCUACACACAACACAGAGAUAUCAUCACAUCAUCACACUGAUUACACAAAUACACAUCCAUGUGUUGUAGCUGUUUGUAGCUACUUAUUUUUAUCUAUUUACUCAGUAUGUGUUUCUGCUCAACAUGGCUUUAUUCAGUUUGUUGUACCAUGACAGUGUUUUUUUUCUCCACAGAUGAUUGAUUUAUAGUUGUGAUUUAAUAAUUUUCCCCAAUUUGUUUUUGGUUAAACUUCUGUUCCUUGUGUGCUAAUGUGUUUUUAAAGGACAAUUCUGGCAUAAAACUAGAAUUUAAUAUAUUAUUUGUCAUGGUAUGUAGUAUUCUGUUGCAAGGGAUUGUAUUGCUUACUGUCUGUGUUUUAGUAGAAUUCAAGUAAAACAAAGUAAUCAUGUAAUCAUGCUAGCAUUACGGUAGCUAAAUGUGUUGUUGCUAACUUAAUUUAUUUGACUCAGUUUAAUUUUGAAAGAUGUACAGUUACUCUCUGCUUGCCUCGUGUUUCUCUUCUUGCUGGCA